UUCAGUCUGCGGCCUGGCUUCCUCACCAGGAGGCCGCGGGUCCGAAUUUUCCAUUUUCACCGUCGUGCACAAAGAGAGAAAUAAAAAAAAACGCUCGUUCCAGACGACAUCUGGAGAGAAGAGGGUAGCCGUAACGUCGAGGGAGACCGCAUAACAGGCUGACUUUUUAGUCCUGUGCCUGUGAGAGACGAAAGAUAAAAUGUUCAGAUAAGGUGGAAAGGUGGAAGAAAUCAUAACAACGACCGGUGUUUCGAACGAACUCAAACUUCUCGACCGUGAACUUAGAUAAAAAGAGAAAGGGGGAGAGAGAAAGAGAGAGUUUUCUUUUUUUUGGAAAACGAAAGGAUCUCGAAGAGGUAGAAAUGUUGUGGUCAGAGCCUGACGAGGAGGAAGAGGCGCUACUAUGCAGCCCUGCUCUGAUGGCCAGGAGAGCCUCUGAAUCAUGGAUCGUCGCACCUCCUGUGGAGGCGAUGCCCGCGGCGGCAGUGUCCCUUCAACGAAAAAAAUCACUGCCGGAUGUGGCUCAACCUAUUCAGUUGACAGCCACGGCACCGCUAUCCAGGGAGGAAGUCAGUGUCCUGAGCAGCAUGAGGAGAGAAGAGAUCCGCAGGCAGAUCGACGAGAGCGAGAGGCUCAGGGCCAAUCCUCUGCUGUACUUGGUCAGUCCUCAGGUUAAAGACUGGUUCUCCCGACAGCAGCUGGUGAUGGUGGUGCUGUUCAUCAACAUAUCGUUAGCCCUGAUGUUCUUCAAACUGCUGACGUAGCAGCCAGCCGACGAUUGGGUUCACGGGCUCGUGGUGGACGUGACCUGAGACGCGGGAGCGUCGCGACGCCCCGAGUCGUCACCGAAUACAAGGAUUCAAGAAACGAUGAGGCGCGAUCGCGUGGCCUCGAGCAAAGCAACAAAAAUUAACGAGAGACAUAAAACCGCUGAAAACGGCUUUCGAGCGAUCCAACUCGGUCCCACACGGUGGUCAAUGAAGCUUUUGGUGAAGAACAAAGAGAGGAAACGAGAGGAGAGUGGAACUCGGGGGAAAACCUUCGAGGAUUCGCGUGGGACAAGGAACGACAAGGGACGAGCGAACACGAUUUGAGAGGAAGAGGAAUCGUUCUUUUUUUUUUUUCUCGAGCAUCUCGACGUGUUCAUGCGAGAGGGAGGGCGGCUUGUAUUGUAUAGAAAAAUUAAAAAAAAAAAAAAUAAAAUAAUGAACGAAUCGCAGUCGAAAUGACGAUCUGGGGGAUCCUUCCAGGUGAAAAGAUUCGUCGAUGUGGUUCAAUUUUGGGAGAACACUCUUCCUGGAAGCUCCGCGAGAGUGACUAGAAUGGAAGACGAGGAAAGAAGAGGCUCGUUUUUUUUUUCAUCAGGGUUACUACCGUGUCCUCGGUUUGUACCCUGACACGCCUGUAUCAUACCUAUUUUUACACCGAAUAUUUUAAUAACUGAUAAGAUUAAUAUUUGUAUGGGCUUGGACUUGUUAAUUUGGUCCUAGCCCUAAAACACGGCGCGCACACACGAAUCUCUCUCUACACAAUUUUUUCCUGUUCUUUCUCGACGAUCGACUCGAGCGCGGCUCUCCAACAAGAGACGACUUUUAUACACGAGUGCUAUAUAGAAGCAGCUAGAGUAGAAGCGUGAAUCGAUAUAUUUGUCCCGGGGUGAGAAUUCUCGUAAGGGGAGAAAGAUGAAGAGAGAGAGAGAGAAAUAUUAUAAAGGCGCGGACGAUCGAGGUUAUUUUUCAGGAGGGAAUUUUUGCCACGCUUCGAUCGCUACUUGAAACGGGGAAAUGGCGGUAUACGAGUUUUCGAGGGGUUAGAGACAGGUUUAAGGAUAUUAAUUAACGAAGGAAACAUAAUAGGAGAGUUUAGGAGGAAAAUAAUACGACGAAGUUAGAGUUUCUAUACAAUUGUUACACGAUUUCUACGAAUUUGGAGAAAGAAACGAGAAGGGGAGCGUACACACGUUGUAUUGAUUAAACGUUACGAUGUAUUCAUGUGUUAUAUCAACGUGUCCAUGUAAAAUGUAUAUGGGUGUUAUGUGGAUAUAAUGUAAUCGUAAAUCGUGCAGAAUUCCUAAAGAUGAUACAACUUCGUUUUUCCGAAGUACCUUCUUUCUCGUGUAUAGCCUUGCCUUCCACGCGGAACGAAACUGUACAUAAGACACUUUUCUCCGAUUUUUAUAUACACGUUAAUUAGGGGUACGAGUGGCGACAGGAAUGGAAAAUUUGUCACGAUUGGUAUUUCUCGAUCGAGAGUCACGCUAAGAGGGGAAGAAAAAUAAUAAUAAAAAUCGUGGCGAGGAGUGUUGCGAUAAAACGUUGCUUAUCACUAGUCGCAGCGUACAAUUGUGUAUCGUGUAGAAAAAUGCAAAAAAAAAAAAAAAACAAGAACAAAGAGGAAUGAAUUAAUCGAGUCACGAGGGAUCUUCGACGAAUCGAAGCAACUUAAUUGAAGAAUAGAAAAUCGUAUAAACUUUGCUCUUGUUCACGGAAUCUAUUUUACGAUCGAGAAACUCGUUUCGAUAAUGAGUGUGCGAUCUCAGGCGCGCGAGAUUCGAAUGACCAGCCUGAGAAAAAGAACGAACCUUUGUAUUCGAUCGAGAAUAUACGGCGAAUUUUCUAGUUAAUUGUAAAAGAGUGUAGGAUAAAUUGACCGAUGAAGCGAACGUCUCGUCAUUUUGUUGGUUCGUUCGCUGAAAAUUAACGAAGCUUUUACAAGGAACCACUACUUGUAAUCAACUUUUUCGCCACUUCUCUCGGGAAUUCUGUUUGAUAAAACGAAACGAGAGAAACAAAUUGUCUUUGCGCGACGUAUGCACGUAUUACACGUCGACUUUUUUUUCACGCGUCGACACGGAGGUCGAGCUGGAGAUCUUGAAAUGUUUAAAAGAUCGAGGAUCGACCUCCCCCUGCGCUCGAGCGAUCGCAUUUUUCUAGCCUCAGGCAUAGCUUGUACAUCUAGGUGAAUUUGUAAAUAAAAAAGAAAAGAAAAAGAGCAUUAUGGUCCGCGACCGUCACAGUUAAUCGUCUGAAGGAAGAAGAAAAAUCC